AGGGUGAGGGCGAGUGAGGGCAUGUGCCCGUGAGGGUGAGGGCGAGUGAGGUUUCACCAAAAUGCCCACCUAUGGUCUCUACAGAUGACGCGCCCUUGGAAGUCGUUGGAUAAGUGUGUUAGCUUAGCUCAAUUGGUUGGCUAUGGUGGUUGGAAAAUAACCUCCUAUUACGCCUUGGAUCCCAGCCGCGCCGGUCGAUAUACGCGUUCUCUUUUCCUUCUGCUUCAAUGACUCACGAAGAGAACGUGCCGUUCUGCUUUCAUCCACUGCGAUGGUAGCGUGAUCUUUCGCGUUGCGCUGAUGUCACUAUGGAUGAAGCGUGGCGCUAUUUGGGCUCUACCACGUCAACUUUACGCCAAGCGCAUCAUGGCUGGGUGUUGAAAGAAGGUUUUGUUCGCAACGUUAUGGUCAGUGACGAAACGGAAAACUCAGAGUUCAUGCCGAUAAGGGCUGCAUGUUCACCCUCAGUGAAGAAAGUUUCUACACUGUGUCAGCAUGGUAUAGAAAAGGAAACGGGGGCAUCGGUGGAGCUCACUGUCAAUGCGUCGCAGGGUUGAGCAAAACAUGCCAUGCAAUCAGCACAGCAAUGUGUACAGACCUACCAUGUGCCUGGAUUAUGCCCCCACGAGGCAAGAGGGUCAUUUCUCCCACACCUUUGGAGGACAUAAGCUUCCGAAAGUACCUGGUGAACAAGCCGCCAAGGGAGUCAAGAAAGCGAGUCUACAAGCCCUGCAAGGACACAACUGAGAAGAGCCAGGCCUUCAGGGACCUUGUGGAGAAUAUGGCAGAGUGCUGCGCAAAUAUGUUUUAACUACGCUAUGCUGCUCUAUCAAAAAAGGUUGUCCCAAAGCACAACCCGUCCAUAACUGAUGACAUCCGCCUUAUAUGCGAGACAGCGAUGCAAGCAGUAAACAGCCAUCUGUUUUCAACCAAGCCGCUUAUAGCUCAAGAACGUGCAUCAAGUACAACACUGACAAAGAGCUAGGCUGACAACAAGGCGUGGCACAACGAGAGGGUUGUCAGCAUCACCUCCUCCAUUUUCAAACGAGUCGUCAGGUGCAGGAAGCCCGAUGGUCUCGUAAAACGUGCUCUAUCCGAAAGCAUCGGCAUACUCGGAGGCAAUGGACUAUGGAAGAAGAAAGGAAGCAGUGGCAGUCCAAGCAUA